GUCACGGUGCGCUAUAAGGAUAAAGCGCUGGCUGGCUCCAAGCGCAGUCUGCUGGAUACCACAGAGUGGGAGAGAGGAAGAGAGGCGAGCCUUUAAAUCUCUGCGGUGCAGAGCUGGGAAAGCUGCUUCUCAGCGAAAAAUCAGACCGCCCUAUUUACUCUGCUUAUUUGCUCCUAUUAUUUUCCUGGUGAAAACAAAAGGACUUACAACCAAGAAGUCGCAACGAGGACUGGUGCCCGUGUCAGCGAUCAGACGUGGUAUUUCCUUUUAUUAUUGUUAUUUAUGUUUUUUUUGUGUGUGUGUGUGAAUACACUUCUACUGAAUGGACUGAGGUUUUUUUGCACUGAGAAGCGUUGCUUUCUACCUCCCACCUGGUCUCUCUGCCAGAUUAUCCCAGCAGAAGUAGGCUACAUGACGCAAACCGAGCGCAGAGCAUUAGUGUGAAAGUUUUCCUCCACUACUUUUUUUCAUUUUCCUUUUUUUUCCUCCACCGAUCACUCGGUGUUUCAUGCAACAGCAAGUCUGUGCACAGCGGUGGAGGAGCCAAAAGAACUAUUGCAUGAAACAAGAAAGGAGAGAAGAGACGCUGAUUAAUAAGUCAGUUUUUGCAACGCUCGCAAGUACCUUUGCGUAUCUGCACAAGAGUCGCGACAGCAGCAUGAGUGCAGAGCUGAGCAUGGGCCCGGAGCUGCCCAGCAGCCCUCUGGCUCUGGAAUAUGUCAACGAUUUUGACCUGAUGAAGUUUGACGUGAAGAAGGAAGGCCUGGCCGGGCUGGAGCGCAACGGGGUGCGCCAGUGUAACCGUCUCCAACCUCAAGGCUCUGUGUCGUCCACCCCCAUCAGUACGCCCUGCAGCUCGGUGCCCUCCUCACCCAGCUUCAGCCCCACAGAGCAGAAAAGCCACCUAGAGGAGCUGUACUGGAUGCCGAACAGCGGGUACCACCAGCAGAUAGACCCGCAGACGCUAAGCCUGACCCCAGAGGACGCAGUGGAGGCCCUGAUCGGAGCCACAGCUCACGGCCACCCUCCGCCUCCGCACGUCCAGCAGCAGCUGCAGCAGCAAGGCGCUUUCGAGGGCUACAGGGGGCCGCACCACCAUCACAGCCACCACGGCCACGGCCAGCAGCACCAUCACCCAUACGCUGGGGGCAUCCCGCACCACGCCGAUGAACUGUCCGGGCACCCGGGCGGACACAACCACCCACACAGCCAGCACCACCACCACCACAGCCAGGACCCCGACAGCCCGUCCCCGGUGUCCCCAGACUCCCACCAGUCGCUCCAUCACCACCGCCACCACCAUCACCACCAUCCGCACGGCCACCUGAGCCAGUCGGCGGGGCACCACGGCUCCGGGGGCGGACUCAACGUGGAGGACCGCUUCUCCGACGACCAGCUGGUGUCCAUGUCGGUGAGGGAGCUCAACAGACACCUACGGGGCUUCACCAAGGACGAGGUCAUCCGCCUCAAGCAGAAGCGGAGGACCCUGAAGAACCGGGGCUACGCUCAGUCCUGCCGGUUCAAGCGGGUGCAGCAGAAGCACGUGCUGGAGAACGAGAAGACGCAGCUGAUCAACCAGGUGGAGCAGCUGAAGGCGGAGAUCAGCCGGCUGGCGAGGGAGAGGGACGCCUACAAACUCAAGUGUGAGAAACUGACGGGGUCAGGGGCCAAUAACGGGUUCCGCGAGGCUGGCUCGACCAGUGACAACCCUUCAUCACCAGAGUUUUUCAUGUGAGUUGUCAUAGCCUUUUCUUGUGAACCCCCUCCACAACAAACUCUCCCCUCCACCCCCACCUUUCCUUUCUCCACAAAUGACUGACUGGCUGAUGAGCAAACAAUAAUAAUCCACACCUCCCAUACUGUUUAUGAUUAUACUAAUAACGGUAACAAUUAUAUUCAUAUUAGAAGAAUAAUCCAUCAAAUAGUAUUCUCAUAUAUAACCAUCUCUCCAUCCACGUGUCAACUGAGAUACAAAGAGCAACGUAGAGUGUCUGAUCAGUCGCAGCAUCUUUGUAGAUUAGUUGCUUGUAGUGAAGAGACUUUUUUCUUUUCUUCUUCAAAGAAGAGGAUCGGCUGAUGAACUUUUUUCUUUCCUUCCUUUGAGGCUACAGCUUUGAAAUAAUCUGUAAGUAGUGUGGGGAGGCGUCGGGGCCCGUUGUCUUGUAAUUUUGUUCUCCAAAAAUGAUGACAUUGUUAUGAAACAACACGAGCAGGCCUGGCCUCGCAGCCUGCAACACACACACACACACACACACACACACACACACACACACACACACACACACACACACGCGAGACUCACAUUCGACAAGUGGGCCCGUAAUCUGAGGAAAAAAAGUCUCCAAAAGCAAGACUCCACUUUAUGCAAAUUUAACUUCUGUCUACUAACCCGUCACGGGAGGGGGACAUUUUAUGCAACAUCUCAUUGAUUUAUUGCCUGCUUGGUUAUAUUCGAAUAUAUAUUGAAACAAAAAAUCUGCAUUAAAUAUUAAUCCUGCAUGCUGGACAUGUACGGUGAUAAUUUCUAUUUUGUACUUUCAUCUUCUCGUGUAUAUUAAGAGCAUGUUGUUGAUCUGCGCUUCUCCAUAGUUUUUUUUGGGGGGGGAGGGGGUUAGAGAAAUGCAGCGGGGACAGAACAGCAGGACUGCCGGUGCAGUAUCAUAUGGUGUUGGUUUCUUUGGGCUUGUAAAUAUUAUGCAACCGCAAAACUGCACAACAAGAUUGAGGAGGCUGGUUUGAACUUCUUUCUUUCUUUGUGUUGUGUUUUUAUUUCAUUUUGUAUGAUUUUUUUUUUUUUUAUGAUUUUCCAUCAUGUUGGGGGUGUUGAUCGAAAGAGGAGUGCAUUUUUUCUGUUGCAUUUAAAUACAACAAAACUUUUUUUGUGUGUGUGUCAAGUGCACUUUUUUGGAUGAUGAUUUGUUUUUUGUUUUUUUUUUUGCAAGUUUUCAUUUUGACGUUUGUGCAGACCUCCCUCCAGGAAGACAUACUAUGAUACUAUAUUGUGAGAUUAUUCGACAACAGGCCUACGUGCAGAGUUUGAAGAGGGAUAUUUGGACACAUGUCGUGUGAGGCUGAGGAGGCGAACAUGUGGCCACGACAUUAUUGGAGCCAGAUUGCACAGAAUAGGCGCAUUAAGGCGAGGUUACAAGUUUUCUACAUGCUGUUUUAGCACACACAAUGUGGGUUAAUGCUCUCUGUCAUUUUAAUUCAACGUGGCUUGUGUGCCACUAAUUCAGAGACGUGCUGUUCUGCCUCUUAUUAACUCUUUAACCAGCCACAUCAAACCCAAACAAAUGCUCUCAUUCCGAUUGGCGGCCACCUGUAGCAUAUUAUCACUGGGCCUAAUAUUAAUGAUUCAUAUUUGUAACAAUAUUUCUUGUCAGGGGGUUUUAUGUGGAGUUAAUAUUUAGAUAGCGCGAGCUUUUUAAUACAAAGUUUGACUAUUAAUGUCCUAUGUUUUCCUGAUUUUUUUUU